GCUGUGUAAUCUUCCUUUGUUCAAAACAUCACAGUUUAAUUGUACAUAGCUUGUUAUUACUUGUAUCAGGAAAAAUACACGUAGUAUAAAAUAAUAAAAUUUGGUUGAAGUUACAGCUCAAAUUAGAUAUAUUUUAUAACUGCAUAUUUCCCACAGUAUUAGCCUACAUUUAUCUAACUUGAGACUUAAUUCUCCCUUCAUUCUGACUGUCAUUAAUGGUCUGGCUCUGGAUGGAUAAAUAGAAUUAGCACUCUCAUGUAUGUCCCCCCUUCUAGUGCCAUGAUGCCAGCCAGGGUUCAAAUCCUUACUACAAGAUAUGAUAUGAUUGCAUUGCACUCCAUGUUUGUUUCCUAUUUGCAGUUAAAUGACCCAGAACCAUAACCAAGCCUACACAAUUCUGAAAGAUCUUUAGCUGAUAAUUUUAUCUACAUUUAUUUAGGUUUAAUAUGAACUUUAACUAUGGAAGCAAUCAUAAUCUUAGAGCUGAAGUAACCUUAGGGAUAAUCUCAGCCAGUUUUCGCCAGUCAGAUGAGAAGGCGGUAUCUCAGGUGGUCUGCCCAGCCCACACCCUGGUGGAGACCCAAGGUGGAGCAGAUUCCUGACUCACAUUUGAAGGCCUGCUGGAGUUCCUUUACAAAAGCAGUUAGGAAUCUUAGGAAUCAUGUUGCCUUGUUUCCAGCAUUUAAUCUGUAACCUUUAAAUUGUGAAGCAUUCAGUUCACAAUUUGGAAUUGUGUUUGAUCUUGAUUCUUAUUCCUAUGCGUGGUCAAGCUUUAAAGGUUUAUUCUUAAUCAAGAACAGGAAAAUUCUAAAAUUCAACCAGGACUCCAAUUUGAGUUGGCUUGUGAAAACAUAUCCAUACUAAGUUUAUUAACGUAGUAUGUAAAGUAACAUUUUUAUGCAUUGCUUUUCAGGAAUAGAAGGCUUUUCAGUCCUAGGUGACCAAGCAGUUUCACAAAUAAACCCUCCAGCAAGUUGAAAAAUAAGUAGGUCCAACUCAGAGAAGUGAAGUUGCUCCUAUUGCACAACGAUGUCUAGCUGCUCCAGUGAAGUUGAUGUGGUAAGAACUCGAAUAACUACUUGUGAUGAUGAUAAUGGCAUUCUUUAUGCAUAUCAAUCAAAGCCUGGAUAUGCCAAUGUAAAUCAGCAAAAUGUUCAGGCUGACACAUCUAAUGAAGAGCACCAAAAAACAAUUGUGGAUAUCCUGAGUCAUUGCCAGGUCAUCCAAGAUGCUAUUCAAAACCUGGAUAAGAAGUUUAAUAUCAUUCAUAAAAAGGUUUCAAAAAUUUACCGUUUUCGUACAAAAUUAAUCUGGCAAAAUAGGAAGCCACUUGGAUAUGCAUACAAACAUUAUACUUACCUGCUUUCUCGAAAGGUCAAAUUGCAGAAAAAGAAGAAGGAUGUGUCUCCUCCUGCUUCAUUGUCUUAUACAGGAAGUUAUAGCCCAACUACACCAGUAAGAAGACCAUCAUAUGAUUCCCAGAGCAACAUUGCAGGAACAUAUGGCUCAUCACAGGAUUCCGUGAUGCGUGAUUACAACAUUGAAGAGACGCGCCUUAGCCAGAGUCCAAAAUUCCCUCCUGUCUACACACAGGAAGAUCCACCAUAUUACGCUUCCAAUGAGCCAGUGCAGCGCUCCCCUUGCAUGUCCUCCUUUGGCAAUCAAGGGCCUCACAGCUCCACAUCAGUACCUGGAGCUAUGCUGGAGCAAGGCAAAUCCAGUCUUGCAUAUAACCCUGAGAUGAUGGCUUACCCAGCUUUGCUGGAAAGGGAUUGCCUGGGCCAUGACACCUCAUCUUCCUGCAUCCCAGGCAUCGCCCGUUCAUCAAUUGGAACUGACUCGUGUGUGCUAAAAGAAGACUUCCCUGAUGACCCUUCAAUUUGGACAGUAGAACAAGUGGUCCUGUUUCUACAGCAUUUAGAUCCUGAGCUAUUUGCCCCCCUUGCCAACACCUUCAGGCAACACGACAUUGAUGGGUCAGCUCUGCUACUGCUCCCGAAUGACAUUAUGAUAAAGUAUAUGGGAAUUAAGCUGGGGACAGCUCUGAAGUUGUCCCACUACAUCGAAAAGCUUAAAGCACAAAAAGGCAUUGAGUUUUGAAAAAAAAAAAGUUUGUAUAGAUUUACAUUAGACUUAAUUCUGGAAGACCAAUGCCAUCUCGAUGUAAAAUCAUUCCAUUGCUUUUAGAAAUUUUUGUGUUGUAGAAGGUUCCUCUAAAAUUUUGUUACAUCUAGAAUUGCAGAACUACACUGCAGUUCAUUCUGUUUGUUUAGAAACUGUUUAACACAUUACUAUGAGCAUAAUCAAAUUAGUAAUUGGUUCUUUAUAUCUUUUUAUUAUCAUUGUAUAGUUAAAAAUAUACUUCAUAUGAGAAACACUUUUGAUUUCAGUUGAUGUUUAUAUAUAGAGCCAAAACAGCUAAAUCCCAAAGAGGAAGUAUCAGGGAUUGACAAGUUCUCUAAUAAAAUCCAUGAGAAGUUUUCCUUAGAAGAGAAUUCAAAGAUGCACCUGCAGAUAUCAUCUCUUUCUCAAAUAUUUUGUGUCUGUUAUAACAGUGUUCUGUUCAUGUUCUAUCAGUUUUCUGAAAGGGAAUAGCCAUGUAAUUUAUUUCCCUGUUGCUAUUAUUUCUCUCUAUAUUGUAUUUGUUCAUAUUUAAAGAAAAAAGUAACCUUAUAGGAUUUCAUAAAGUGUUCUUACCAGUUUUUUGAUAAAUUAUAAGAUAGAAUGAAUCCUUUAUGCAAUAGCUCUUAUACUACAAGGUGGUUUGGGUGAAGUAUGGUUUUAUUCUUCUCCAUUAAAUUUACCUGUUAUUUUAAAACUUUAAAAUAUCUUGCCUAAUCUUAGAUAUUUAACUAGCCAUUUAUCACUCACAUUUCUCUCUGAAGUUUACUGUGUCCAAAUUUUUAAAAAUGCAUAUUCAUAUGGAUACGGUUUUAUAUUUAUAUUUUAUUCUAUAUCUGAAGUAUGCACACAAGUGAAUCUUUUUGAAUUUAAAAUGGCACUUUCCACUUCUAUAUAUAGUGAGAUAUUUUUAUUCUGUAAUGAAUAUGCACUUCAUUUGCCAUCACAAGUACCUCUUAGCUCACUCAGGGUUUCCAUAGGAAAGUUCUCUGUCCUGUGUAGUAUAUCUAGUUCAUUUGCUUUCUGAGCCAUUUAUUCUAUUAAACUUUGUAAGGUACAUUAGGUUGGAUUUGUCAUUUUAGACUUUAUUUUAAAAAUUAGAACUUUCAAGUAAAACAUGCUCAUUGUUAUUAUUUUGUUAUUUAUUACAUUGUUAUAUUGUAUUGCAUUUGCUGUAAUAUUUAUAAGCUAUAAGAAUUGGUGCUAACUGUAUUAGUCAUUUGUUGUAAAUGCAAUAAAUGUUUGCCAGGGGCCAGCAUGUA